GCACAGUCAAAAGUGGAAAUUAUCUUCACUCAACCCCCCAACUUUCACCUUUCUUUUUUCUUUUUCUUUUAGUUUUACAAGAAAGAAUCACUCGUUUUUGGGUCCUCAAGAUCACGCUCUCUCCUUUCUUAGUUUGUGUCACACUGUGUGUUGAGUGGAGAAAGGGUUAUGGUGACUGAGAACUGAGGAGGACUCGUGUGUGUGCGUGUGUUAAAACUGAAGUUGCUGAUGGCGUGCAUGAAGCUGGGAUCGAAGUCUGAAGUGUUUCACCUUGAUGGCAAUACCUGGGUUAGCUCAACCGGGCUUCCAAGUGAUGUCACUGUUGAAGUUGGAGAUGUGUCCUUCCAUCUACACAAGUUUCCAUUGCUAUCUAGAAGUGGGGUACUAGAAAGCCUCAUAGGAGAAGCUUCAGGUAAGGACGAGCAAAACUGCACAUUGCAACUUCAUGACGUUCCCGGCGGUGCCAAUGCUUUUCUCCUCGUGGCCAAGUUCUGUUAUGGUGUCAAAAUCGAGCUCACUCCAGCAAAUGCAGUGAGCCUCCGAUGCGCAGCCGAAUAUUUCCAAAUGAACGAAGACUAUGGAGAGGAAAAUCUCAUCAUGCAGACAGAAAAGUUCCUGAAUGAGAUCUUUGGCAACUGGACCGACUCAAUCAAGGCUCUCGAGACCUGUGAAGAGGUUCUAUCGCGCGCCGAAGAGGUUCAUAUCGUAUCGAGAUGCAUCACUUCCUUGGCGAUGAAAGCUUGUGCGGACGUUAGUCUGUUUAGUUGGCCCGUAUCGGGAGACAGCGACGUGAAGAGUCCAGUAGGUACCAUAUUUUGGAAUGGAAUCCGCACGGCUUCCAAAUCGCGUACCUUAAGUGAGGACUGGUGGUACGAGGAUGUCUCUUACCUGAGAUUAUCAUUAUAUAAACGGUUAAUCACUGCUGUUGGAUCAAGAGGCAUGAAGCCCGAGAAAAUUGCUGGGUCGAUCAUGCAUUAUACAAAGAGGCAUCUCCCAUUGAUGGGCAGGCAUUCGGGCUUCGACAGCGGUGAGUUCCCUGCAUCAGGGUCGACCAUUUCUUCCUUAUCUGAUGAUGAUCAACGGAAUCUUCUUGAAGAGAUAGUGGAGUUACUCCCAGAUCAGAAGGGCGUGACCCCCACUACGUUCUUGCUCAGGCUUCUUCGAACAUCCAUGAUCUUAAAGGCCAGUCCAAUGUGUAAAGAGAAACUAGAGAAGUGCAUCGGGUCGCAGUUGGAUCAAGCGGUGCUCGAGGACCUCCUUAUUCCCAAUGUCAGCCAUUCGAUGGAGACUCUUUAUGAUAUCGAGUGUAUUCAACGGAUUCUUGAUCAUUUCAUGGUGGUAGACCGCGAUGCAUCCGAUCCCAUCUCGAGCUGCGUACCAGAUGAGGGGCAAUUGAUGGGAGGCCCUCACUCUCUGACUCCGAUAACAAUGGUGGCCAACUUGGUGGAUGGUUAUCUUGCCGAGGUGGCAACAGAUGUUAACUUGAAGUUGCCGAAAUUCGAGUCCAUUGCUGCAGUUAUCCCUGAUUAUGCCAGGCCACUGGAUGACGGUAUUUACCGCGCAGUCGACAUAUAUCUCAAGGCCCAUCCAUGGCUCACAGAUUCUGAGCGGGAACAGAUAUGCAGGCUCAUGAAUUGCCAGAAGCUCUCCAUGGAUGCCUGCACUCAUGCUGCUCAGAACGAAAGGCUUCCUCUCCGAGUAAUUGUCCAAGUCCUGUUCUUCGAGCAACUUCGCCUCCGAACAUCUAUUUCCGGAUGGUUCUUCGUGUCCGACAAUCUCGAGAGCUCGCAAAACCUGAGCACGAAUGUCGCGCUAGCCCGAACAAACGGGCCAGGUCAGGGAAGCAGCGUACAGAACCAAAUUGUUGCGUUCGACGAAAUGAAGGAGCGUGUGUUUGAGCUCGAGAAAGAGUGCUUGAGCAUGAAAGAAGAGCUUCAAAAGGUGCUGAGGAAUAAACGGGGUUGGAACAUUUUCUUCAAGAAACUCGGAUUCAGAUUUAGGCCGAAGACUAGUGACCCGAAUGCCGCCAAACCGCCACACGAUGCAAGGGACUCGGCACCACCAAAGGCUCCGCCGGAGAGCGGAAGGACGGACCGCAAUAACGGUGAAUUAGGAGAUUCGAGAUGAUUUACUGAAGAGAUGUCCAGUCAGUAUCGAAAUAAUGUUGGUCUCUUAAGCUUUUAACAUUAGCUAGUAAUGACUUGUGGAUUCUGGGGUGCUUUUCUUCUUGAGGCAGAUUACAUUAUAGACGUCUUCUUCUCUA